AUGGUGAAUUAUUAUGACAUUCUAGGUAUUCAAAGAAAUGCCUCUGCAGAUGACAUUAAAAAGGCAUACCGAAAACUGGCAUUGAAGGUGCACCCUGAUAAAAACCCAGAGAACAGAGAGGCAGCAGAGAGGAAAUUCAUACAAGUCUCUAAGGCAUAUGAGGUUUUAUCUGAUGCCAAAAAACGGGAUGUCUAUGACAUGUCUAGUGAAGGAGGUAUAAGUGGAAAAGACAGAAGAGGUAGAGAUGAAGGUGGAGGGAAAGGUAGAGAGAAAGGCAGGGGUGGGAGUCACUUUGAUACUGAAUUCCCAUUCAAUAGCCCCCACACAGAUGUGUUGAGAGGAAUGGACUCCUUUACAGUGAAACUCUGGGAUGAUCUACUUGAUGGGAUUUCUGGCAUUCGGCGAGGACUCCAUGGAAGAAGAAGCAGACGUGGUGAAGGAUACUCUGUCUCUAUUGCUGGAGUGUCUCCUAUUUCAGGGACUGGAUUUACUUCAUUUGGUUCCCAGCGAGUUGGGGGCUGCUCUUCAUCCUCCAUCACGUCACUGAACAACAGUGGGAAAGGCAACUUCAAAUCAGUCAUAACGACCAGCAAAAUAGUUAAUGGCAUCAAAAUCACUACCAAGAGAAUUGUGAUGAAUGGAGAAGAAAGAGUAGACACCAUUAUUGACCAUUAA